AAACAGACAAAAUAAAUACUUUGUCAAGUUUAUAAUUGCAAUUUAGUGUCUACAACUUACUGUCUACUAAAUGUCUAAGUACUAGUAGYCCUACUUGCCACUUGGCUAUUUGUGUGGUAAUCUACCACUUUACUGGACUGGUGUGUCGGUAAGUGAACUUACAACUGUGAAGUGAAGUUCUCGGGAUGUAUGUUGGAUAUCAUUGUGAUUCAGACCAUAAUAUGAACGAAAUGUAUUAUUAUAUAACAAAUAUUUUCACAUAACCUUUGGUUGUGAUGUCAUUAAUUUAAUUAUUGUAUUUUCGAGUUUGUUGAGUGUUUAAACUACCCUUCCUAGUCUCUUUAAUAUCUCAUUUUUGACAGGUGACAUUAGGAAAUGUGUAGUUUUUAACCAUUACUGUAUUACCUGACAGWUCUUAUUCGUUAAUUAUUGUUCUGAUUCAAAAUAUAUAUUAAUAACUUUUGUACAAUGGACCAAGAAAAUCAGAAUGUUAUUUAUAUUGAAAACUGGAAUGAUCUUUGUCGAUUGUGUCUCCGAAAUGAACAAAAAUUGCAAAAUUUAUUUUUUGAAGAAACCCUUUUAGAAAAUGUUCAAGAAGUUACUAAUCUUCAUUUCAAUGUCGAGGAUUCUUUACCUAAUUCUAUAUGCAAAAUAUGUAUAGACCAAGUUAAUUCAUUUGUUGAAUUUCGAGUACGAUGUAAAGCUACAGACGAAUGGUUACGAAAUGAAGGUGCAAUUUCGGAUAAUGAUCAUAAGGAUUCAAUAAUAAUUGAUUCGGAAGAAAUAAAUAAUAAAGAUUUAUUAUUAGUUGAUCAAAAUCAAUAUGAAGAGCAGUUAAUAGAUGAUCCAGAACCUGUGAAUGAUAAGCAAUUAGUUGAAAAUGAAAUUGAGUUAUCACAUUGUAUCAUUCAAACUGAAGAGGAAAUGCAAAUAUCUUCUAAAGAAGAAACAUUGGAAACUAAUUCUAGUGAACAUCAAUGUGGAAUUUGUGGUAAAGAAUUGUUGUCUGCAUAUACACUUGCAAACCACAUGCGUUCUCACACAGGAGAGCGUCCUUAUGGAUGCAGUGUAUGUGAAAAAUUCUUCAAGACUAAAUCUAAUUUGAAUGAACACUACCGAGUUCACAAUCCGGAACUGCGUUGGAUGAAGACAUCAAGCCGGGACAUUCCAUCUAUAACCCGAGUGACGGUCACGUCCGAAGACAUACUGACGUGUGGUCAAUGUGCCAAGGUUUUCGUGUCGCUGGAUGAGUUGUCCGCUCACGAACGCGUCCACGAUGAGCAACAAGAACAGCGAUCGCAGACGGUCGAAACGACGGCGUCUGCGAUGACGUCGACGUUCACGUGUGAACAGUGCAACAAAAUGUUUACGUCGAAAUCGCAACUGUCCGCGCACAUAGGUAACAACUGUUCCGACGGUGCGGACCGGCAGUGUCCAUACUGCGGCAAGCAGUUCCGGUCGAUGGCCACGCUUGAGAACCACAAGCGGGUUCACACCAGGGAAAAACCGUUUGCGUGCGAUUUGUGCACCAAGACGUUCAGGACUAAGGGCAAUCUGAUUGAGCACAAACGCGUGCACAACAACAGUGUGUGGGUAAUGAAGGGCAACGCGAAGAUCACGACUGACGCCGGCGGGAGCGGCGGUGACCAGCGGUUCCAGUGCACGUACUGUACGAAACCGUUUCGGACGUACACUGCACUGUUGAACCACGAACGCGUGCACACCCGCGAAAAGCCGUUCGAGUGUUCCGUGUGCAGCAAAUGUUUCCGCACCAAGUCCAACCUGACGGAGCACAUGAAGGGCUGUCACGACAUUGAUUCGUCCGCCUGUGGCUCGGACGAAGUGCAAGUGUUCACGUUCAAGACCCAUUCGAUAGUGACCGCCGGCGCCGAGUUGGAGUCCGCAUGACGACCGAAACUGGCUCUUCACGGUUGCGAAGAACCAUUAUUGUGACGAUGAUUUUAUUUGUCAUUCGUUCAUAUUAUUUAUUUAUUAUACUAUGUACAAUUACCAUAGGACAUCAUUUCUACAAGCAUUUAUAUACGUAACCAUAAUUGUGUUAUCUCGGUAUAUAUUUAAUAAUAUAGUUACAUGAAAAACAGUACAAUAUAAUUUACAUUUUAUUCUUUUGAAAAUACAUAUUUACAAGAUAUAUUAUAUAUGUAUACAAUAAUAUAUAUAAUAUUAAUUCGACGUUUAUUGUUUAAUCAAAUUUGCGGCGAUUAUAAUAACUAUAUAUAUUAAUAUAAUAAUAUAAUGUAUUUAAAUUUUCGUUUAGCUAUGAUAGUGUUAUAA